AUGAAUGAGGAACUGAAUUAUGAUGCCCAUUUCCUAUAUGGAUGCUUCUGAACUGAGCUGACCUCAGGAAACCCAGGCAGCUGCCAUGCACUGCAGACAAGGCCAGCUUGGCUUGCAGUACCUGGGGUUAGAGAUGGUUUUUCCUCAGUCUACCCAGGGCUGGUGGGUGAUACUGUCUGUACUGUCCACCAGCACUCCAUCACGUUCAGAGGUGCUCCAAUGUUACACAACCUCUGUGUUACAAUCCGUAUUUACCAAGUGACUCAAGCAGAGUGGGCUGUUUCACAACCAGCCCUGGUCUAUUUAUAAGCCCCUACUCAAAUGCCAAAGGAUUCUUUUAUUAGUUAAAGCACUUUCUGCAGAGGAGGCUCGGGGGGAUCUUUGCUUUAUGAGGUAAAGUUCAAAGAAUAGGAUCUCUCCAGCCUCUCACUACACCUGGCUCUUCACAAGCUGCAUGACAGUUGUGAAGCUGAGCUCCAUCCUAGCAGUUCUGUCAGCAAGAGAAAGCCCUGGGGCAUUCAGUACCCCAGGGUACCUAAAGGUGAGUUACCAGUCAGCCAAGAAAGCAGUUAGGUUUAAACCUAUGCAGUAGGAGUGCAGCAUGAUGGAUGUUCCAGGAUUAUACCCCAGAGCCAAAGGGAAGGAAAAGCUGGAGUGCAAUGUGGAGGCAGGGCAGGUCUGCAGCAGAUGGUCCACAGGUUUCCCAAGAAGGGCCAAGGGCUCCCGGCAGCACUGGAGAACCAGCCACACCAACCAGCCAACCUGACAAAGACGGGCCAGGCAACUGGGACAGCAGGAGAGCAGAUCAAGCAAGGCCACAUUUUGCAACCAGCUCCUCCCCUGCCAAUACCCCACAGCCUGGUUUCAAAAACACCAGAGUGAUUCAGCAUCAAGGGACUUGUGCAUGCUGUGUGGGGGCAGUGCCUUGUGCUUUAGUUGACUGAAUUAGCAAGCACGACCCUCUGCCAUGUGAAAGCAAACCUGAAGCCCAGCAGAAAAGAGGUGUGGGACUUAGUCAAGAUGCAUUUGCUUUGCGUGUUCUUUUGGACCAAAUCUUCCAGAAACUAUGCAAAGCACAAGUGGGACAAGUGUCACUCUGGAGGAAAACUUGGGCUUCAUGGUGCUGCCUUUGCUGGGAGCACCUAGGACUGACCCCAGUCAGAGGCCACAAGUGCUUGAGUAACAAACAUACACUGGGUACAGUCCUUGAGGAUUUGAACACUUACACACCAAAACUCAACCAAUCACCUAACCACUUCAGUAAUGCUCAGGAAUAAUAGGACUAGCCAUUUAUGCCCACAUGUGGUAACAUUAAAUAUUACUUAAAACAAUGCAGCUCACCUUCUCAUGGCCAGCAUUAUGUGAUGUCCAGCCACACUGCUAAGAGAAGGACCAGGACACUGAUCCUGAGGAGGGGAAACAGGGUGGUUUCUGGAUCAAAGACUACACUCCCAGAAGAUCAUGUAUGCUCUGCUUCAUCAUUCCUUUGCACAAACUUGCCUGAUUGCUGGGAAGCAGGGGAAAAAAAAUAAGCAACAACCCACUAGGUUAGAUGUCAGAUAUUGUCCCUUCACCCAGAGGAUAAAUAAUGUUUUUUAACUAAUGUCUUUAAAUUAACCCCCUGAACAUGCCCAUUGCUGUGACAUCACUCCUAAGUGACGCCCAGGCCUAAAUAGGGCUGUAAACAGGAAUCGUUCCCAUGGGAGUCACACUGGCUAUAAAUACAGCACCAGGGGAGUGCUGAGCAGCCUGCAGCUUCCUGCCAGCUGAGGAUGUGCCUGGCCCCAUAGCCCUGCCCUAGGAGGAGAUGGCCACGGAAAAGUCAGUGAUUCCCACUGAGGAGCAGCUGGAGAUCCUGGAAUACCACUUCUGCAAGGUGAAUAAGCAUCCUGACCCCACCACACUGUGCCUCAUCGCUGCUGAGACCGGGCUCUCCGAGGAGCAGACUCUGAAAUGGUUCAAGCAGCGCCUGGCGGAGUGGAGGAAGUCUGAAGGGCUGCCCUCAGAAAGCGGGUCUGUCAGGGACUAGAGCAUGCUGCUCCAAUCCCCUUGCCACUUAUAAAGGAUGGUGAAGCUCUUCAGGGGGUUUCCUUGGGGUUCUUCUGUUGCAAUAGGUUUUGCGAUACAAAGUAAUACUCUGCUAUUUAACAUAAAUCUUAUUUAACAUGUACAUAACCAGAAAAAAACCCCUCUCUAUAUAUAUAUCUAUAUAUAUAUAUGUAUGUAUAUACACACACAUGUGUGUAUACAACUUUUGAUGGCUGAUAACCUAUCUUGUGAUUCCAACCCAUUAACAGCAGCUGCACAAGAAAAGGCAAUUUUAUGCCCUUGUUCCAGGCUUGCAGAAAUGUUGCCUAAAUGUUGAUAUAUGUUCAAAUAUAGAAGGAAGAAAUAAAGAUCCCUUUUCCUUACAA